GGGUAGUAUACAAAAUGGCGGUAGUUUUGAGUAGAAAUGACCUAAGAGUUUACCUUUGAUUCUUGCCAAAUUGCCAAGCAAUAUGCGUUUUCGAGCAAGGAUGGUAGACAUCAAUUCCAUACAGCAUUUCACACGUGUCUUAGGCACGGUAUCUCAUAUGGCCAAGACGUGUGCCUUGCGAAUGACCCCGACAAAACUUUAUUUUAUACUGGCUGACAAUGCUGCUCUUGGGGGAGUGUCCAUUUGGUGUGAAUUGAUACAGAGCAACUUUUUUGAGGAGUAUCGCAUUGAAGGAAAGGAUGAAAGCAACAAUAUUUACCUUGAAUUGAUACCAGAAAACUUGAUGCGAGCCAUGAAAUCAGCCAGCAGUGCACAAGCCGUCAAAAUAAAACUUACUAAAAAACACGCACCAUGUUUAACUUUUGAGAUUACAUUGCCGUCCCUCACCAGUCACACAAGAAGUGUAGUGCAUGAUGUACCAGUAGGAGUCAUACCUGAGAGAGACUGGGAGGAUUAUAAGGAACCUGCUAUGCCUGAAUUUGAUGUGAGCAUCUACAUGCCAUCCCUCACAGUUGUUAAGAACGUAAUUGAACGAAUGAAGAACCUCAGCAAUUUUUUGAUUCUUGCAGCUAAUCAAAAUGGUUACAUGACUCUCGGAAUCGACACGGACUUAGCAUCUGUCACAACACAUUUCAAGAAUUUGGACACACCUACGUGGGGUGACACAUCGUCUCAACAGCGGAACCGGGAUCCUGACAAGAUGGCAGAGGCAAGGGUUGAUGUUAAGAAACUCGCCACCUUUCUACACAGUCAGCAAGUUAGUCCAAAUCGCGUCAUCUGCAAUAUUGUGCAUGGGAAGGCGGUCCAGUUUCUUCUACUUCACGAGGAUCUUUCUCUUCAGUAUGUUAUUCCAGCGGUUUCUCUCUGAUACUCGAACGAAAUGUCGCGGUUCGUACUUCGCGGUUCGUACUUCAUGGCAUGACAAGGCGCUCAGAUCUCACUGAGGCAUCUGGCACUGGACAUGACCUUUAUUCGUUUGAAAAGAGUUCAUAAAACAACCAGUUAGAAUUGUUUGGUUAUUGCAUUUGCCAGAACACACCACAUGGAGCGUUACAUUUGUUUUAGGCGUUUAACUUUCGCUUUCUCUACGCUCAGCAGUGUUGCAUGUAUUUGAGUUUGGUGUGACUCAAAAAACUGAAAAGUACGAGAAAGACUGCAAAACCCGCUUUCUUUACGCCCAGCAGUGUUUGCAUGUAUUUGAGUUUGGUGCAGCUCCUAAACCCGAAAAGUUUAAGAAAAACUGUAAAACUGAUGAUGAAAGAUGUAAUGAAACGCCGCCUGGCCGAGAAUGACGUCAAACAGUUCUGACAUAAGACGAAUCUGACGCCAUCAUGUUAGAGCAAUUUUCAACUGAGAGUCGAGGAUUGCUUUGGGUUUUUUUCCCUUGCUCUGUAAUUGGUCCAGAAAACCAGUCUCGCGUAUCUUCUCAACCAAUCAAACGCAGAACCAAUGCCACCCGUGACUUGCACACCCGCGUUUUCCUGCGCUUCUGGCAGUUUGCCUGUUAUUAGUAAUUCUGACAUCUUUUAUGGAUUUUUUUACUGUACAGACCCAAGAAAAAAUGAAAUCUAUUUGUUUUGCGCGAUAAAAAAGCGAAAUAUCAUUAAUGGUGACGUAGUCUAUGCGUCUCUCCUCUAAUAGAUCAGAGGUAAGAACCAAUCAAAUUGCUUGUAGGAUUUAGCGUAUCAUAGAAAGUCAAUUGAAGAGCGUCACUGUGUAUGUUAAUUUCGUGAAUUUGACGAUUAACACAUUUUGGCCUUUUAUAGUGACUAGCAUCCAAUUUCUCCUUACAAUAUCAUCCCUGAAACAAACAUUAAGGUCACGAGAAUAAAGGAGAUUGU